AUGAAACGUAACCUGCUCCCAUCAGGGUCAUCGCUGCUCCAUCAGCCUACGGUCGUGGAGGCCGAUCUCGAGGGCAUGGGAAACAGCAGCAGCGAAGAUGAAAGCGACGUAGACGCGUCGCCCCUCAUCAUCAAGCGAUCUCUCAAAGGGUCGUCGGAGCGAGGUCACGUGCGACCACAUCACCAACACCAGAACCGACUCUACCAACUACGCGACGACCUGUGGCGACAAGGCUAUCGAUUCGUCCAGGAGAAUCGCGCGCUCGUGCUGCGAUCCUUCAUCGCCGCCGUGGCCUUCGUCCUCUUCGUGCUGCUCAUCGUCUACUGGCCGUAUCUCAACAGCUACUGGAUGGUGCCCCAGUGGCGUCGCGUGGAGGCCGGCUGGCGAUCGUUCCGUGGCGAUGUCGAACACUACCGACGAGAAAACGAGAUGAUGGCUCGAGCAGCAUUCGAUAAGCGACGCCUUCUUCGAUCGCCACAUGCCUGUGAGGCCCUGGGCGGAACCGCCGAGCAUAGCAAGCGUGCGUGGUUGACCGCCGUCGCCAACAACAACUACGUGACGCCAACGCUGGCCCUGGCGCACACGCUCGACCAGUUCUCGUGCGUGAAGACCAAGAUCGCGCUCGUGCCGGAAGACUUGGAGCUCGUCUCGGAGACCACGCGGGAUCUGCUGCGCAAGGCCGGCUUCGAAGUCCGGGUCAAGCCCUCGCUCGACUGCAUGUCUGCCCAUGGCAGCGGCGCCAGCGAGAUCGCUCUCUAUCCCGGUGAGUACAUGCGGCUGUACGGGUGGAACAUGACCGAGUUCGACAAGAUCGUGUACGUCGACUGCGACAUCAUGCUCCUCGACAACAUUGACGAGCUGUUCGAGACUCCGCUCCAGGACAACCAGAUGGGCGCGGCCUACUUCGAGGAGCCCGGCAUCGUAGACACGGGCGAGAAUUCGGGUCUGCUGGUGAUCAAGCCGCGCGAGCAGGAGUUCAUCGACCUGCUCGCCGAGUGGCAGGCCCUCUUCCCGUCGGCCGGUUGCGUGGCCGACCAGCCCUUCCUGUGGCUCUUCUACCACCAGCCCGGCCGGAGCCUCAAUCUCCUCCCCUACUCCUAUAACAUCCGCAAGAGGAUCUACCACCCGAUGCGCGUGUGGCACUUUGCCGGACCGGCAAGGCUUGGCUACAAGCCCUGGAUCUACCCCCACACUCCGGCCGAGAGCUAUGACAGGCCGAUCGUGGCGUUCUCCGACGUGGUGGCCCUGUGGUGGCACUUCCUCUACGGGGCGGUGAAGAGCUACGGGCUGGAGCAGAACCCGUGGUGGCGAAAGGAGCACGAGCGCCUCAUGUCCAUCCGCCUCCAGGUCGAGGAGAGCCGCAACUUCCCGCCCCUCCGCGACGAGAUCAAGAGAUGA